UCAUGGGCUCCCGAGGUCACAGCACGCUCCCGCGGACUCUCACGGCUCCUCGGAUGAUUGCCGAGGGAGACGUGGGAGGCGUCGCGCAGAUCACCUCCUCGCUCUUCCUGGGCAGGGGCAGUGUGGCCUCCAACCGGGACUUCCUGCAGUCUCGGGGCAUUACGUGCAUCGUGAAUGCGACCAUCGAGAUCCCCAAUUUCAACUGGCCUCAGUUCGAGUACGUUAAAGUGCCUCUGGCUGACACGCCCCACGCCCCCAUUGGGCUGUACUUUGACUCCGUGGCCAACAAGAUCCACAGCGUGAGCAGGAAGCAUGGGGCUACCUUCGUGCACUGCGCUGCGGGGGUGAGCCGCUCGGCCACUCUGUGCAUUGCUUACCUGAUGAAAUUCCACCACGUGUGCCUGCUGGAGGCCUACCGCUGGGUGAAGGCCCGGAGACCCGUCAUCAGGCCCAACGUGGGCUUCUGGGGGCAGCUGAUAGACUACGAGCGCCAGCUCUUCGGGAAGUCCACGGUUAAGAUGGUGCAGACCCCUUACGGCAUUGUCCCAGAUGUUUACGAGAAAGAGUCCCGCCACCUGAUGCCUUACUGGGGGCUCUAACGCUCCCGCAGCCUGGGCGAGCAGCUGUCCCAUGGCUGACUUUUGAUUCACCCUCACGUCUUUCUACACUGCAGGUGUUCAAGUUUACUUUAAGAAACAGGGAGGGGCGGGACUAAGGGGAAUGCAUUUGCUGCUAGUGACAUUUUUAAAACUAGCAUUUUGGAAUAGCAUUUACAAAAAAAAAAAAAAAAAAAACUUCAACGGGCUUUUGCUCAUUUGUAACAGUUUAACCACCCAGUUUUGCUCUGCGUGCGGCACCUUUCAGCACCAUGGCAGGUGCGGAGGCGCUCCGUGCAGAAAGCCCGCCGGGCCUGAUCAAGCCCGGGGAGACC